CACAAACACAAAACAAGGCACAUAAGCAAAUCACGAGCCAACAUCGCAGCAAAUUCCUACCGAAGGAAUGUUCAUUCUCCAAAAAAUGGCGGCUUCGUCACUCUCUUUCUCCCUUCUCCUCCCCAAACCUCCACCUCCCCUACUCCCGUUCUCCCCCCGCCGCUGCCACAAACAUCUCCGCCCCUCGGAGCUCUUCUCCGCCACAAGAAAUGUUGGCGGUGCCCGGUGUUCUUCCUCCACCGCGUCUGUCGCUACCGAGCCUGCAAUUGCUGCUCCACAGGAAGCCCAGAAAGAAGAAUCAACCGAAAGAAUAGUGCUCCCCACUAACGACUCUUCCGAGAAGCUUCUUAGAAUUCGCCACACGUGUGCUCAUGUGAUGGCCAUGGCGGUUCAAAAGCUGUACCCAGAAGCGAAAGUGACUAUUGGGCCGUGGAUAGACAAUGGGUUCUACUACGAUUUCGAUAUGGAGCCUUUGACUGACAAAGACCUCAAGCGGGUUAAGAAAGAGAUGGAUCGAAUCAUUUCCAGGAAUUUACCUCUUGUAAGAGAAGAAGUUACUAGAGAAGAAGCUAAGAAGAGGAUAAUGGCUGUUAAUGAACCUUACAAGAUGGAGAUUUUGGAUAGCAUUCCGCAAGAUCCCAUUACCAUCUAUCAUAUUGGUGAAGAAUGGUGGGAUCUCUGUGCUGGACCCCACGUCGAAACAACCGGCAACAUCAAUAGAAAAGCUAUAGAACUCGAGUCUGUUGCUGGUGCUUACUGGAGAGGAGAUGAGAAGAGAGCAAUGCUGCAGAGAAUCUACGGAACAGCCUGGGAGAACGAAGAACAACUAAUGGCAUAUCUUCACUUCAAAGAGGAGGCAAAACGAAGGGACCACAGACGCAUUGGCCAAGACCUCGAUCUUUUUUCAAUACAGGAUGAGGCUGGUGGAGGUCUGGUCUUCUGGCAUCCAAAAGGCGCCAUAGUUAGACACAUUAUAGAGGACACUUGGAAGAAGAUUCAUAUAAAUCGUGGUUAUGACAUGCUGUACACUCCACAUGUAGCCAAGGCUGAUCUCUGGAAGAUAAGUGGUCAUCUGGAUUUCUACAAGGAAAACAUGUUUGAUCAGAUGGAUAUUGAGGAUGAACUGUAUCAGCUUCGGCCUAUGAAUUGCCCUUACCAUAUCUUGGUUUACAAGAGGAAGCUUCACUCUUAUCGAGACUUCCCAAUUAGGGUUGCAGAGCUUGGAACAGUGUAUCGAUAUGAGCUCUCUGGAAGCUUACAUGGGCUAUUUCGUGUGAGAGGUUUCACCCAGGAUGAUGCUCAUAUAUUUUGCUUGGAAGAUCAGAUCAAGGAUGAAAUUCGGGGUGUUCUAGAUCUUACCGAGGAGAUAUUGUUGCAAUUCGGAUUCAGUAGAUAUGAAGUUAACCUCUCGACUAGACCUGAGAAAGCCGUGGGAGAUGAUGAGAUAUGGGAGAAGGCAACAUGUGCUUUGAAAGAUGCUUUGGAUGAUAAAGGAUGGAGCUAUCAAGUUGAUGAAGGAGGUGGUGCUUUCUACGGCCCAAAGAUUGACCUUAAGAUCGAGGAUGCUCUCGGAAGGAAGUGGCAGUGCUCCACCAUACAGGUUGAUUUCAACUUGCCUCAGCGAUUCGACAUUACAUACGUUGAUGCAGACCAAGAGAGGAAGCGGCCCAUCAUGAUCCACCGAGCUGUGCUUGGUUCCUUGGAAAGGUUUUUCGGAGUCCUCAUCGAGCAUUAUGCCGGGGACUUCCCGUUGUGGCUUUCGCCUGUGCAAGUUCGAGUGUUACCCGUGACUGAUACACAGCUUGAAUACUGCAACAAUGUGGCAAGGGAAUUGAAGCGAAAUGGGAUCCGAGCUGAAGUUUGGCACGGGGAAAGGUUGCCUAAGCUGAUAAGGAAUGCUGAGAAGCAGAAGACUCCAUUGAUGGCGGUUGUUGGGGCUAAGGAGGUUGAGAUGCAGACAGUUACUGUUAGAUCUAGGUUUUCUGGGGAAUUGGGGACUUUGGAAGUUGACAGUUUUAUCAGCAGAAUCAAGGAUGCGUGUGAAAACAGAACUUCACUGUAAAGUUCUUAGAGACUACUACUUUGUUUUCAUUCUACACAUUAUUGUUACCAUAAUUGUUCCCAGAACUUUCUAUACAUGUUAUAACAGGGAUAUAGAGACCAAACUCAUAUAAGUGGAUUCGUGUUGCAAGCUCUGUUGCUGGAACUAUAAAAGAUAUUAUUGAGUUGUAAUGAAUUAUGUCCUAAUUU